UUGAAUUUAAUCUAAUCAUUUAGACAUGGACAUUUUAUUUGAAAAGUUACAUCACACACUAAUGACUUUAUUUUUGUUUAGCAGAUAUACUUACUACAAUGCCACGAACGUCCCAUAUUUUUUGUAUUAUCUAUUUUCUAAUCAGUCAAAAGUAAAUAAGUAAAUCAUACUGUUAAUCAUUAUGGUUAACCAAAAAUAUGAGCGACACAGAAACAGUUGUAGAAUUAUAAAUACUCUAAAAAGUGGGUGGAUACUUACGCACAUGAGUAGGACUUAAUUUUCCAAUAAUGAUUAUGAUUCACUGACAAAGAAUCUGAUGCUAGGUUUAAUUACUGGUUGUCGAAGAUAAAUAUUAGAUUUAUGUUUUUCUGGGUUGAUUCUUGCGUUAACAGAGAUUGAACAGAAUUGGGAAGUGAACAUUUAAAAAUAAGUUUCCACGUGUUCUUUGUCUAUUUAGCGUGUCCCUUGCAACUACAGAAAUUGUACGUGGUGCAUUUUGAAUCCAUUUAUCAGGAACGGAAAAAAUGAAUAUCAGCACAUUUAUUUUUACUGCUAUGUUUUCAUGGCCUUAUACAACAGUAUUGUGUCAUGAUAAUGAAACAGCAGACAUUGAAUCUAUUUUGCAAGAAAAACUGUUUAAAAACUAUAACAGAUAUCGAAAACCAGUUAAGGUAUCUUCGAAUCGGAUAUUUGUGAAUAUUACUUUGUACAUUCUCUCUCUAUCAAAGCUGGAUAUCAAGUCUCAAACUUUACAUGCUGCCAACUGGUUAACAUAUUCUUGGACGGACGAGUAUCUUACAUGGAAUUCUACUGUUUUCUCUAAUAUCGACUACGUAAGAUUGCCUGCCGAUAAAAUAUGGAUUCCUAGUGUUUGCAACCUUCAGGAAAUCUCUGGUAGAAGAUGUUUGACAUAUGACUCGGUGAAAGACUCAAGAAGCGAGGCUGUAAUCCAUAGCUCUGGACUAGUAUAUCUGACAGAAACGAUGGAUAGUAUUGUUCUGUGUAAAUUUGAUGCUUUGCAUUUUCCUUUUGACACCCAGACCUGCAUUUUUUCGUUUAUAUCUUCUACCGGUCGAUUUCAAAAUACAUAUUUGGUUGUAAACGAAUCUAGUUAUGAAUCACUUCUCUAUAUUGGAAACGAAGAGUGGGAUUUGAUUUCGACAAAUGUUCAAGGGACAUUUGAUCUACUUAAUAUGAAAAUUGUAUUAAAGAGGAGACCCUUAUUUAUUGUUUUGACGGUAGUACUGCCAAUUGUCGCUUUGUCAAUCAUGAAUGCGUUUUGUUUUCUAUUGCCCAUUGAAACCGGAGAAAAAAUGGGAACUUCUGUGGCUUUAUUUCUUACAUUUGCUGUUUUCGGAACUAUAAUCAGUGACACGAUGCCCCAAAACGCAGCAAAUAUUUCGUGGUUUAUGGUAUAUGUGACAACUCAGAUACUUUUAAGUGGGCUGACGGUUAUCAUGGAAACGGUUGCUUUACACCUGUAUCAUAAAUACGCAGGUAGAUCAGAAACAAUUUACAUCGACAAAGUGUGUACAUUACAUAAUGCGAACAACAAAACAAAAGAUAAAAGUAAAGAGAAAUACGAGUGUGUGAUUGCUAAAACAAAGGCAACUGACUCUGAAGAAAUGUGGAAAAGUCGGGCAAAGAAAUUGGAUAGAGUCAUGAUGAUUUUGAAUGUUUGUGCAAACAUCACUUCUAUCUGCAUUUGCAUGACAAUUAUUAUGAACUAGGUGUGCAAAUCAGUAUUAUAUAUAUUGCCUUUGGUACAAAGUAUUAUUAAAAGAAAAUACUUUGUUGUAGUAAUUUAUCUAAUGAUUUUUUAUCAUUGAAUUUUCG